AUGCUCAAUAACCUUACCUCUACGGCAUUAGGAGGUCACAAAGAGUGCGACAGCAAGGUCGAACUGAAGCCGAACGUGGAGCGGCAUCAUGCCGGCGGAGCACGGCUGCUUGCUCACUCCAUACGACAAGAUCACCUGCAAGGUGGUAUACAUCAGCAGCACAGCGGGCAUAUGUCGACAGUGCCCGUCAGUAUGUCUUCCUCAGCAUCCGAUAGCGACAAACCAGCUAAGCAAAAAAGGCAUAGAACGAGAUUUACACCGGCACAACUAAAUGAGUUAGAGCGGUGUUUCACCAAAACACACUAUCCAGACAUCUUCAUGAGAGAAGAGAUCGCAAUGAGAAUUGGUCUGACGGAGAGUCGAGUACAGGUAAGCUUUUAG